AUGGACAAACCACAGAUUAUUCUCCAUAUCCAAAAGUGUGUGAACUAUACCCUCUACGAUUCCAAAUGGAUUCCGUGUAGUGCCAAGUUUGUGGCUUUGGGAAAUUAUGCAAGAGGCACAGGGGCACUGCAGAUCUACGAAGUCUCACAUGGUGAUUUCAAAGUUGUCAAAGAUGUUGAAAAGUCCAAGCCAUUCAAGUGUGGAACAUUUGGUGCUUCAAGUUUACAGAACAGAUUUUUGGCUACAGGAGAUUUUACAGGCAAACUUCAGAUAUGGAACUUGGAGUCCUUAGACCUACCUGUUUACUCAGUGCAGGCUCACAAAGAGAUUAUCAACAGCAUUGAUGGAAUUGGUGGUUUGGGGAUUGGGGAGGGAGCUCCAGAGAUUGUCACUGGAAGUAGAGAUGGUAUAGUGAAAGUGUGGGACCCCAGGCAGAAAGACGAGCCUGUAGCAACAAUGGAACCUGAAGAAGGAGAAGCAAAACGUGACUGCUGGACUGUGGCUUUUGGUGAUGCAUACAGUGCUCAGGACAGAUGUGUGGCUGCAGGCUAUGACAACGGAGACAUCAAGUUAUUUGACCUGAGAAACAUGGCUUUGAGAUGGGAAACUAAUGUCAAAAAUGGGGUAUGCUGCCUUGAGUUUGACCGUAAAGACAUUGCUAUGAACAAACUGGUAGCUACAACUUUAGAAUCCAAGUUUCAUGUUUAUGAUAUGAGGACCCAGCAUCCGAGUAAAGGCUUUGCAUCUCUUACAGAAAAGGCACACAACUCAACAGUCUGGCUCGCCCGACAUCUGCCUCAAAACAGAGAUGUCUUCAUGACCUUAGGAGGCAACGGUUCUCUGAAUUUAUGGAAAUACUCGUACCCGUCAUCUCGAUCCAAGACUGAUGGAGAAGGGGUGGAGACUGGUGUAGCAGGCACCGUUGACCUUCUCCAGAACGUGACGUUAUCCACUCAACCAGUGAGCAGCUUUGACUGGAGCCCGGACAAGAUGGGACUCUCAGUUUGCACAUCUUUUGACCAGACCAUCCGUGUGAUAAUUACUACAAAACUCAAUACAAUAUGA